AUGUGUUUUGAAAGCUAUCCAGCACCACCAGGUAAAGAAUUGAUUGGUGAAGAAAAAGAGUACAACCAUGCGAAGAUAUAUUGGGAAAAUAAAAAAGAUAAGACUGAAAAUGAUCGCCUUGGUACCAUGAGUAGCUGUGAAUGGGAAGUAGCAUCAAUAUAUAUGGCAUUUGCAUUUAAGAAAUGCAAGACUACCUGGGAUGCUAAUGGAAAACCUUCAUUUGUCUCUUCAUUGAAAAAUACAGCUGAACAAAAUAAAAACAAU